ACAUCCCCGGGCGAUGUUGGAGACUGUGGGGAACAGCGGCCACCGCCAAAUACUCAGCGACUGCCCUGUGCCUGGUGGGAUGGUGAGGAUUUGCCUGAGCCUGAAGGAUCCUCCCAGCACUGUCAAGCCCCAGAUUCCACCUCCCUGUGGGUGGACUGUCAGCGCAGGCCCUGACAACACAGAGAAAGACACAGGACCCAGCUGGGCCAGUGACAGCAGUAGCUCCUGGUGCCACAGAAAAAGUUGCUUCAGUCCCUGGCUCACUUGGUUCUGGCAUCCUCUCCCACUUCUCCAGCCCAUCCUGGCAGACACUAUUAGAAGUAAAAGCCACGUGCCCUCAAGAGGGCAAGGCAAGGCAUCUUCAGAUGUCUCUGCCCUUAAAGCACACGCGUUCUGCUCUGCGACGAAGCAGGACAAGGAUAGGGACCUGCACCUCCGGAGGCCCGCACCUACGAAGAUAGCGGGCUCCGGACCUUCGGUGGACCCGCAGGCCUCCAGAGGCCCGCGCGCCGCUGCCCCGCCCCCAUUGCAGAGCCUGCCAGCGCGCCCCAGGACCGGAAGUGACGCGUUACGUGCCCGCGUAUUCCUACCGGCGUAUUCCCGGCCUGCUUUUCGCUUGCCGUUCCGUGGCGGGAACUGAGGCGACUGUGGGGACGGCGGUGAUCGUAAGUCUCCUGGGCCCGUUAUUCUCAGAUUAGGGAACGGAACUAAGACUUUGAGACCAUCUUGUCCUUUUUGUAUCCCGGAAACCUCAGGAACUAGCCGGCGGCGGUGACCUGCACGAGAAGCCAGGCUGACUGGUAACCGGCUGGAGGAAUUGCAAGCCCGCUUCGCCUUCCCCACUCCUGCCCUUGAUGCCCCUGUGAGGUCUUCCACGUCCUUCGGGGCCCCAACCUAGCCGCGCUUUCAUGCCCUGGCCGCGCCCUCUGGUGAAAUGGUGGUUCCGGACAGCAUCCUGCAGACCCCGGCUUUGGGCUGUAUUCGUGUUUAACAGCCCGAGGCAGGGAUGGACUAAUCCAAUAACGUUAUGAAAACCUUGGCUGCCAAUAGAUAUUAACAAUUUAUUUUAUUUUAUUGAGUAUAUCCCCAUAUGCCAAGCAAGGAACUAUGUAUUUGCAUACAUUCUUUUAUUUAACUCAGUUGUCCUAUGGAAUAGGCCUUAGCUCCUUUAACAGAAAAGGAAACCGGGUGUCAUAGAUGGUAAUUCAUGCACUAAAUAUUAUGGGCCAUCUACCAUGUACCAGGCACUGUUCUCGGCACCAGGGCUUGUAGCAAUGAAAAAAAAUAGAAUUAACUGGGGAUUUUUCAGGCAAGCUAAUGAUGCUUUUUAUCCCUGAAAACACCCUGGAAGAAUGUUUACCUGCAUGUUAGAAAUAGUUACCUUCUGGGUGGGAUUUUGUAUUACUUUUUAAAAUCCCUCAUGCUUUUCUGCAUUGUUUUGAUUUCUUCAAGUGAGUGUGUUAUGAGAAAAACAGCUGUUUCUAUUUUAACAACAGAGUCCCCCACCUUCCUUUCCCCACAGAAAGUCUCUGAAGGUAGGUGGGCAUUGACUCUGCCAUUAAAAUAGGUCCCUGGCCAGGCGUGAUGGCUCACACCUGUAAUCCCAGCACUUUGGGAGGCCGGGGCAAGAGGAUUACUUGAGCCCAGGA